AUGUCUCAGAGUGUUCAAGCAGAGAGUUCGAUUUCAACAUCCAACGAUAGUGCUGUCACUUUCCAAUGUAAUCGCUCAACGAAGAUUAAGAGAGCUUGGAGCCGAGACAAUCUAGGGCGAAGGUUCCUAAGUUGGAGAGGACGUCGCGUUGGUAAUGGGGAUAUAAUCCGAGAGCAAAAGGAGGAAAUCACGAAGUUGAAGGAGAAGGUAAGACCUCUAACUCAUGACUCCGAAUAUUUGGAGAUUUCGAGUGAAUUAGUGGAGAGAAUGAAUGAAAACAAUGAAGAGGUUGAAGCAUUGAAAAUAGAUGUGUUGAUUCUAAGGGAGAGAAGUGCUGUUCUUCGUAAUGUACUUGUGGCUUCAUCGAUUGGUUUUGCUGUGGUCAUUGGAAGUAUCAUGGUGAUGUCCAAGUAUUGA